AUGGGCAGACUUGAAGGUAAAACGGCUAUUGUCACUGGGGCCGCCAGUGGAUUCGGAAAAGCCAUAGCGCUUCGUUUUGCUGAAGAGGGCGCGAGAGUCGUCGUGGCAGAUCUCAAUAUCGACGCUGGUCAAAAGGUAGCAGCCCUGCAUGACAACCUGAAAUUUGUCCAGACGAAUGUCACACUACUCAGCGACUGGGAAAAGCUGGUCAAGGAAACCAAAGCUCUCUUCGGCCAAAUCGACAUUCUUGUCAACAACGCGGGCACAUCAUACCAGAACAAGCCAACACUACAAGUGACACCGGACGAAUACGACAGGUGUUUCGAUGUCAAUGUCCGGUCGAUCUUCUGGUCUGUGCCGACGGUAGUCCAGGCCAUGAUCGACCGAGGGCAAGGCGGAAGUGUGGUGAACAUUGCUUCUAUCGGCGCACUCAGGCCCCGUGGCGGUUUGGUGUGGUACAAUGCUUCGAAGGGUGCCGCGUUCAAUGCGACGAAGGGCCUUGCGGCAGAAUAUGCAUCAAGCAAGAUUCGAUUCAACGGCGUCCUCCCCCUCCUGUCUGCCACCGGACUAUGGUCAAGUUUUACAGGCACCGAGGACACACCGGAGAACAGGGCCAAGUUUGUCGGCAAUGUGCCCCUGGGGAGGCUGACAGAUCCCGUCGACGUGGCCAAUGCCGUCGUGUAUUACGCGAGUGACGAGUCGAGCUUUGUCACCGGCACCAAUCUAGAAGUCGACGGAGGGCGCGCUAUCUCCUAG